AUGUUACUCAUACUUUUCAUAGUUUGUAAUUAAUUGGUUAUAUUAUAAAUUUGCAUUUCUGUUUUGUCCUUAUUUAAUUAUUGGUUUAAUAAUGUUUCUACAUUAAGCCUCUUUAAAAUAGAACCAUUUUAUACUAUAUAUUAUAACUUAAUANCUUAAUUAUAAAACACAGUUUAAUAAUAAGAAUGCCAACUUCAAUAAAAGAACAUAUAAAUAGAUAUCGUUAGAUCUGAAACCAAACGUUUAUUAGAAAAUUUAAAAAAAAAUUCUAUUUAACCUUAAAAUAUAACCAUACAAGUGAGAUAAUCCAUAGCUGCCUUGAUUGCUUAAUAAAUUAAAGAUAUCUAAUAAAUAAUUUAGAUUAUAGAUGAAGCUAAGAAUUAGUUUGUCUCCUUUCUUUCAGAAAAUAAAAAGCAUAGUAUAAAUCAGGAUAAAGGGUUUGCGAGCGAUUUAGAAUACAUAAAAAGCUAAUCUUCGCUGCUAAGUGAUUUUUUGAAGAAAUUAAAGAAAUGAGAUAAUUAAAUAGUG